AUAAUGAAGUAUUCAAGCAAGUUUUUGUUUAUAUUGAUUCAUUUAUUUGUCAUUAUUUUAAUUGUUGAUUGUGAAGAUGAAAGCUACUUUGAAGAUACAAUAAAUGAUGAAGAAUUCAUUAAUCCUCAUUCAUUUUUCUUUGAUAAACAGAGUAAAACAAUGAUUGAAGAUAUAGAGGUAAACAGCGUAAAAGAUGUUGCAGAGUACAGUAUUGUAGCUCGGAAUAACUUGAAAUCUUAUAAUCAAAUAAAUAAUUGUAAUAGCCAUGAAGCAAUCUUUUAUCAGCGUCUCAUUAAUUUAUUAUUAUCCAAUGUUUAUAUACAGAAUCAGAAUGAUGUAUCAAUAACAGGAGUAUUAGAAAUAUCAAUAUCUCAUUCUCAAAUAGAGACACUUAGAAAUUUUCAUACUCAUAAAAUGUCUUUGAGGGAAGUUGAUGAAAUUUUGAGUAAUAUAAUAAAGAAACCGAAAAAUUAUUAUACAUUUGGAGUAAAGCAUAUUUCUGGUAUGCUAUACAAAGCUUUUCAUAGCAUAUUAAAAAUAUUACAGGAUCAUCCGGAUGGUUUUCUAAUCUUAUCUGUAAUGAUAAUGGUUGGUUUGACAUUUAGAAAAAUAGCACAGGGACACAGACUUCCCAUUUUUGGUCUUAUACAAAUUAUAUUGCUACUGAGUUUCUUUAUUACUUGGUGGCAGCUUAUAAAGGAAGCUGAAAUAAAAUCUACUGCCGAGCAAAUUAAAUUUUCAAAGAUACCAAUCUCAUGUGAGCCAGAUAAGAUGAAUAUGUGGGAUAAAAUUGUUGCAUUCUUUUAUGGUGAUGAUUGUGAGCAGUAUUAUAGAACAAUGAUGUCUAAUCCAAAACUAAAAAUUACACCUGCACUUGCAUUAUCACAUUUUGUUUCUACUGUUAUUUUUCACCCAAUUACACAUAUAGGAACUGUUAUAUCUGUCUUUAUAAGUAAUGUAACAGAUAACUUACCAUGGACUUAUAGAUGGAUUAUAAUAUGCAUGCUUUUCUUAUGUAUUGGUAGUGUAAUAAUAAUGAUACCCCUUAUUCUCUGUGGUGCAUCUUUCAAUUUAGGCUUAUCAGGAUUUGGAAUUAGUUUUGCGCAAACAAAUAGAACAGGUAAUUCGUUAGAAAAUGUACAAAAACGGGAUCCCGUACAAGUAAUUUUACAGCCACGCUCUGUAACCAAUGCAUUACCAAUGGAAGACAUAUUGAAAACGACACAAUUGAACACUCUCCAAGUUUUAAAAAAAUGUUGCGAAGAAGAAGUUGCUGUAAUGGAUAAUAAUAGUAAGGAAGAUUGUGAUUUAUGCUGUGGCGAUACGGUGGAAAAUAAUAAAUUGUCUAAACAUAAUGAUGAAGAAAUUGAGAAAUGUAAAAUAAUUGGUGCAGUAAAAAUAGAAAAGGACAAUGGAAGAGGAGAUCGUUGACCUUUGUUAAUAUUUUAUAUUAAUUUGAAUUUUUAUGCAUGUGAUUUAUGGUAUGCUUAAUGUUAGUUUACAAUAAACAAUAAUAACCAAGUAAUGCAGCGACCAACAUAUGUUUCAUUAUAUCAUAUUUAAUGUUAGUAGAUCAUUGAAAGAAUACAAAAUGUAGAUUAUUGUACAGUAAUUUAUAUU